CAUGUUAGUCUGUGGCAAAAAUUUUCCCUAUUGUUUUCAUCGUCGUUUCCUCCGGUAGAAAGGUAAUUUAUUUAUCAGAUUAUACAUAACAGAGCUGUUAUCCUUCCCGCAUUGACUUAAUAAAAGCUGUACUGACUUGUCCAGCUUAUAGCAACAUGGCUAAUGAAGGGAUUUCUCCUCAAGAAAUUGAGGCGUUAUGCCAAACACCAGGCCCGUCCACGAAGGACUUCAUGUUCCAACAAACGAUGUACAGGAUCAAAGACCCACGCAAAUCCAUCCCAUUCUACACAGGUGUCCUCGGAAUGACUCUAUUGAAACAACUUCACUUCCCGGAAAUGAAGUUUUCACUAUUCUUCAUGGGUUACGAAGACCCCUCUGAAGUGCCUAAGGAUGAAGCCCAAAGAUCAACCUGGGCUAUGACGAGAAAAGCUACUUUGGAAUUAACACACAACUGGGGCACGGAGAGUGACGAUUCAAGCUACCACAACGGGAACUCUGAACCACGAGGGUUUGGUCACAUUGGCAUACUCGUGCCCGACGUCGAUGAGGCUUGUGCUAGAUUUGAGCAGCAAGACGUCAAGUUCAUCAAACGCCCUCAAGACGGCAAAAUGAAGGGACUUGCUUUCAUCCAAGACCCCGAUGGUUAUUGGAUCGAGAUUUUCACCUCCAAAGUGGUCUCCUAACCAAAAAAAAAAGCAAACGUGUAUAAUGUUGAAUAUUUUCUGUAAAAACCCAAGGUGCCUUGUUAAUAACGUGGCAUAACGUCUGAAACGUUACGCAGUGUUUAUGGCAUAUGAAAGGUGCUGUCAAACUGGCAACACUGCAUAACGAUUCCGAGGUUAUGCACAUGUAUAAAAUGUGAAAAACCUAAAGUCGCGGCGCUAAGUGCGUUUUUGUAUUUAAAGUUGUAUAAAAAAAUAUGUGGAAAUAUAUGUGAGUAAGAAAUUCUUAUAAAAACCCGUUAUUAUAGUGUUUAUAAUUUUAUUAUUAUAUUGUUGCCAUUUA